AUGGUGCAAGAUUUAAAUACAGCUACAACACCUGAUAAAGCCUCAACAACUGCAACUGGUGAUUUAUCAUCAGAUGAAAAACGAAAAAAAGUUGGAAAUUAUGUUAUCUUAAAAACAAUUGGAGAAGGUAGUUUUGCAAAAGUACGAUUGGGUGUUCAUCUAAUCACAGAAAUGAGAGUUGCAGUAAAAGUUAUUAAUAAGCGUGAAGUAUUUAAAAGAAAUUAUUUACGAGCUAAUUUACGUCGUGAAGCAUCUAUGAUGCAACGUAUGUCACAUAAAAAUAUAGUACAACUACAUGAAGUUAUGGAAACAGAAAAUUCCUAUUAUAUUGUUAUGGAUUUAGUACAAGGAAAUGAAUUUGUUAAAUAUUUAACAAAGAAAAAACAAUUAGAUGAACUUGAAACAAGAAAAUAUAUUCGACAAAUUGUUUCUGCUGUUGAUCAUAUGCAUCGAGCACGUGUUAUUCAUCGUGAUAUAAAACUUCAAAAUUUUAUGCUCGAUCAAAAUAAUGAUAUUAUUAUUAUUGAUUUUGGUCUUAGUAAUUGUCUUGAUGAAAAAGGUUUUUUAACUACUCAAUGUGGUUCACCUGCUUAUGCAGCUCCAGAGAUUUUUGCUCAUCAAGAAUAUGGUCCAGCAGUUGAUGUAUGGAGUAUCGGUGUGAAUAUGUAUGCUAUGCUACUUGGUAAACUUCCAUUUAAAGUUGAACAUCGUAGUCGAAAUCUUGCUAAACUUCAUGCAUGUAUAUUGAAAGGAUGUGAAAUACCUACUACACUUUCACGUGAUUGUCAAGAUUUAUUAACAAGAUUAUUAGAACCAUCACCUACAAAACGAAUAACAAUGGCAGAAAUUCUUCGUCAUCCAUUUUUAAUCAGUCAAUUAGGACCUAUUGAAUUAAUGCCUUAUAAACCACAAGCUGAUGCAAGAGAAAUUAAUCGAAAUAUAACUAAAUAUCUUGCAAUUAAACAUGGAUAUUCAGAACAUGAUGUUGAGGAUGCUGUAAUAUAUCGAAAACCAAUUGCAUCUCGUGCUCUAUAUAAUUUAAUCGAAAGACGUCUUAAACAAGGUUUAAGUUGGCCAGAUCCUACAUAUAAUCAUACUAUCAAUAUUCAUUCAUCAUUAUCAACAACAGGUGAUGCUAUUUUACAUGAUGGUUCACCAGAUGUUAUUGUACUUGAUAAACUUGUUCAUAAUGAACCAUUACUUCCUGGUCGUCGUGUACCAUCGCAUCUUUUACCUCAACAAACAAAUUCAAUACCAACAAAUGGACGACGAUUAUCGCGUGAUAAAUCUAAUUAUGGAUUUGAUGAACAUGUUAUAUUACAUACGAAUACAAAUGGUAAUAUUAUUACGGGUGGUUUAACACAGGAAGCGUACAACGAGUUAGUACCGACAUCAAAGGCAACUUCUAGAAAAUUAUUUCAUGAUAUUAUCAUGAGAAAACCAUCAGCUAUUGGAAAUAGUGUUGAUUUAACAGAUGAACAUAAUAAUAUAAAACGAACGCAAAAUUCGAGCGGUUUAACACUAAUGAAACCUUUAGUUACUGGACACCGUAGUAAUGUCAUAUCUCCACAUGCACACCCACAACAACAACAACAGCAACAUCAACAGCAACAACAUAAAAUGAAACCUCGUAGUUUACCUAAUUCCACACUUGAUCAUGCAAAUCAAAAUGGUUUUCAUUUGCCACAUGAUCCAUUAGCUAGUGGUACUCGUACACCAAAACCUCUUAGUCGUGCGUCAAAUGUUGAACAUAUGAAAAGAUCUCAACAACAUUCUCCGGUGCGAUAUAAUCCUGCUCCAUCAGUAACUGUAAAAGCAAUUGGUUUAUUCUUAAAAAAUUCUGCUCUACAUUCUCGUAUUAGUUCUUCUAGUAGUAAAUCAUCAAAAAAUGUUGAGAGUGUAUCACCUACUACUCAACAACAAUCACCACCAUUAAGAUUUUAUCCAUCAACAUCAAAUACAAGUAAUACUAAUAAAUCUAAUGUAAUUAAUUAUCAUUCACAUGGAAAUUUAACAUCAGCAAGUACAACAAGACAAGCAUUUGCUAAAUCAUCUGAAUCACCACAUCAUAUAUCACCUAGUAAAACUCAACAUUCAACAACAACAACAGGAACUAAUGGACAAAAACUAAUGCAAACUUAA